AUGGGAGAGAAAAAGCUUCAUGCCAUUAUGAUUGGUUUCUGCUACCAAGGCCACACCACCCCCUUCACCAAUCUGGCUAUCAACCUUGCUUCCAACGGAUGCGCCGUCACCUUCGUCCAAACCGAGUCCGUCCACUACAUGUUAUGCAAAGCCAACGGCGUCAACGCUGCGAACGGUGAUCCCUUUGUCGGUACAAAUCUCGACAUACGUUACGCCACCAUCAGCGAUGGGCUGCCCCCGGACUUUAACAGGCUCCUCUACUUCGACGACCACUGGGAUUCCAUGUACCGCCACUUCCCAUCUCACAUGGAUGAAGUCGUCGGAAGCAUAAUCAGCUCGGACUCGGAGUUCCUUCAUUUCUUGGUGGCUGACACUUUCUAUUCUUGGCCGGCAGCUAUUGCUAAAAAAUACAACAUCUUGAACGUCUCCUUCUGGACACAGCCGGCUCUCGUAUUCGCCAUAGACUAUCACUUGGAUGUCUUGAAAGAGAGAGGCUAUUUCCCAAUUAAAGGUGAUGAGCAGAAGAAAGUGAUCGAUUUUAUACCGGGGGUUCGACCAAUCGAGGCCAAGGAUUUGAUGUCAUAUUUCCACGAUCAGGACGUGAGGAGCACGACCAGCAGGAUUGUGUGGGAUGCAUUUGAGCAGGUGAAGUAUGCUGAUUUUAUUCUCAUCAACACUCUACACGAGCUCGAGCAUGAAGCGGUUUCUGCUAUGAACCGAAAGCAGCCUACUUACGCAAUUGGUCCUAUCAACUUCACCAAAUCUGUUGUCCCAAAGAGCCUAUGGCCUGAAACAGAUUGCGCGAAUUGGCUCGGUUCAAAGGCCCCCGGCUCUGUUUUGUAUUUUUCGUUCGGCAGUAUUGCUCAGAGCAACAAGCAGCUUGCUGAGGAGAUAGCCCACGGGCUUCUCCUCAGUGGAGUUCACUUUGUUUGGGUGAUUCGCGAUGCCGCACAAGUUUUACCCGAUGGAUUUGAGGAUGAGAGCAAGGAUCAAGGGCUGAUCGUUUCGUGGUGCAAUCAGAAUGAAGUGCUCUCGAAUCCUGCCAUUGGAGGAUUCUUGACUCACUGUGGGUGGAACUCGAUUCUAGAAACAAUAUGGUGCGGCGUUCCUAUGAUCUGCUAUCCGUUUUACGUUGAUCAGCCGACUAACAGGAAACUAGUGGUUGAUGAGUGGAAGGUGGGGAUUAAUCUUUGCGAUGGAACAUCGGUUGAUCGGAAAGAAGUUGCAGAGAAGAUUAAGCAGUUGAUGAGUGCUGAAACUUCAAUCUCCCUGAGGAAUGAGAUGAAAAAAAUGAGGAUGCUGAUGCAUAAGGCAUUGGAUGAACAAGGGCCAUCGCAGGCAAUUUUUAUUCAAUUUCUCAAAGAUUUGAAGGUUAAGGCAGAGGCCUAA